UUAUUUGAAUAUACAGUAGUUCAGCCUCAGCCAGGCUGGAGGAGUCGGAUUGCGUCGGAUGUUUUUGUCGCUCUUGUGAGAGACACGAGCACAGCGGGGACGUGGUGCUGGCUUGUUAUUCGUCGGUAAUGCUCACCAACCAUCCAGGCCUCUGUAUUUAAACACCUUGCUUUGAUACCACUCACUCAGCUAGGAAGGCGUCUUUUCUCAGCUGCAUGCACACUUAGAGGUUGAUCAACAUGGACUUGCACAUACUGGACCACAGGCUCCGGGUCAUCAGCAUAUCCAAGAACGGGCUGGUGCAUUUCACACACCCCCUGAUUAAGCUCAUAUUCCUCCGGAACAGGACACGAUGCAAGUUUCUCAGUCUGACGGAGACACCAGAGAACUACACCGUCGUCCUUGACGAGGAAGGAUUCAAAGAGCUCCAGCCCUCCGAGCACCUCAAGGUAGAAAGCUCCAUCUGGCUGCCGCUCAACGUGGUCUCCAAUGGCAACGCCUCCAGCAGCUCGCAGGCUGUUGGCGUGACCAAGAUCGCCAAGUCGGUCAUCGCCCCUCUGGCCCAGCAGCACGUCUCUGUCUUCAUGCUCUCCACUUAUCAGACCGACUUUAUCCUGGUGAGAGAGAAAGACCUGGCUGUAGUCAUCAGCACUCUGGAGGAGGAGUUCAAUAUCUACAAGGAGGUGGGAGGAGAGUCUGUGCCUAUGCACUGUCUGGAUGUUUCCAACGGCCUCCAGAAGAACGGCAAAGAAGCCAUAAAACCUACAGUUCACCCAGUGCUGAUCCCCCAGAACCAGUUCUGUGUCAUGUCUCUGGACCCGGAUACGCUGCCGUCCAUCGCCACCACGCUCAUCGAUGUCCUCUUUUAUUCCAACAGUCCUAAAGAGGACGCACAGGACUUGGACUGUAUCAAGUUCUUCUCCUUCUCCCUCAUUGAUGGCUACAUCUCACUGGUGAUGGACACGGAGGCUCAGAGACAGUUUCCUGCAGAUCUUCUCUUCACCAGCUCCUCCGGAGAGCUGUGGAGAAUGGUUCGUAUAGGGGGACAACCGCUGGGCUUUGAUGAAUGUGGUAUAGUUGCCCAGAUAUCUCAGCCUCUGGCUGACAGCGACAUCUCUGCCUAUUACAUAAGCACCUUCAGCUUCGACCAUGCUCUGGUCCCCGAGGAGGACAUAGUGAGCGUGACAGACAUGCUCCAGCAUCAGAGGAAAGAACCAGCCGCUAGUUGAUUUCUGAAGUCCCGUCUGAGCUGGAUGAUCCUGGCUCAAUGUGCCGCCCCUCACUCCAGCUCCAGUGGCCAAGGGUGGCAGGCGAGCAGGAAAAGAGGCUAACCCUGUGCCUAGACUAGCACUGCAUCGCCAGCAGUAUUAACUACUACGAACUUGCCAUGAACACCAGAAGCGCUUCUCUACGGUGUGCAUACACAGUUUGUCUGUGAGGCCUCCUGUCUUACCUAUCCAAGGCAGGAUGCACUGAGUCCCAGGGGGCCCACAAGCUCACACAUGCACAUCAAAAAUGCACAAACACUCCUACACACAUACACUUCCAGACACACGCACAUUCAAAUUCAUAAGCACAAAGUCAGAUAUAUGAUAGACUCUUUCUCUCUAAUGCAGGACUUGUGGUCUGAAGUUGAAUUGUUCCUAUUUUGAUGCAAACAGCAGAACACACUCACAUACAUUUCACCUAAACACACAACUUAGUCUUCCAGUAAUGUUUAUUAUCAUAAUGCCAUGUGUCUAAACAACCUUUUUUAGUUUAAAUCAAAGGCCAUUCGCAAGAAUUGCAAUUUUCCUUUUUGUUAAACUGAAAGUGUGAAGCUUGAAAUGCAAGGCAGUUGUGAGAAUGUUGAUCUUACAAUAAUUUUCAUGCAAAAGAAAACUGAGAAUUUCUAUUUUUUUGACAACAGGGCUCACUCGUUUUGGCUUGAGAAGAAUGUGUAGGUAGUUGUUAUAUAUUAAAACUACUACAAAUGCUGUCAAGCAGGGCAGUAAUCUUGGUCAGUGUUUUUUUUUUUUUUUUUAAGGUCAGCAUUUCUUAACCAUAGUAUUACCUAAGGUCAAUAACACUAUGUCUUAUUUUUUUAUUUGCACAAUACACUUUUGAUUUAGCUAAUAUCACUUAGAUUUUUCUUUUGGUACAUUUUUUGUACAAUUUGAAGUAAAAGUAUUCUGUAAACAUUUGUAUUUUUUGUGUUGCUUCAUUCAAUAAAGAGUAUUGAAAAUAG